GGUAUAAUUUUUUUUCUGUUCGAAUCAUGAUCAAAAUGGGAUUGCUGUAGAUAAAAUACUAUUAUUUAAUUUAGGAAAUCAAAGCUUUUAAUGGUGGAAAUAUAGUUUAAAGAUGUCAAACCAGUGCAAGUUAAUAGUGGGGAUCGACUUAUUUGUGCAUUUACAGUUAUACGCGUAACACGAAUUUGUGCAUCGAGUUCUGAGCAUCGAAUUAGGCCACAUAGCGAUCUCUCCCUAAAAUACCGCUGGUUGUCGACGUAUCAAGUUAAACUGAGUGUGGCGGGAGAGUGAUGUCCAGAAAGGCCGCGAGCUGGUAAUGUGAUGUCAUCAAAAGGGGAAACAGAGGCCGAUUCAGGCACCGUGUCGCCGAACCUGCCUGUAGUCAAAAAUGAACCGGCAACCACCGCUAGUAAAGAAGAAACACCCAAAAGAGGCAGCACUCUGCUGAAAUGCACAACCUGCAACACAUUUAGCACUCUAAGCAGCCGCGCGCUCACCACGCACAUGGCGCAGUGCUCGCCCGACAACAACAAUGUGGCGGGCGCGCAGGCGGACGCGCGCCCCCACAGGAAGCUCUUCGAGUGCGACGUCUGCAACAUGAAGUUCUCGAACGGCGCCAACAUGCGCCGCCACAAGAUGCGCCACACCGGCGUCAAACCCUACGAGUGCAGAGUCUGCCAGAAGAGGUUCUUCCGCAAGGACCACCUGGCGGAACACUUCACCACCCACACAAAGAGCUUGCCGUACCACUGCCCCAUAUGCAACCGAGGGUUCCAGCGCCAGAUUGCCAUGCGCGCGCACUUCCAGAACGAGCAUGUCGGCCAGCACGACCUUGUCAAAACUUGCCCCCUCUGCAGCUACCGUGCCCCCACCAUGAAGAGCCUUCGAGUUCAUUUCUUUAACAGACACGGCAUCGACCUAGACAACCCAGGAACCGGCAACAACUCUGUUUCCCUGCUAGCAGCCGGCAUCGCCAACGCGGCCUACGCCGACGGCUCCAUGGACGCGAGCGCCAUCAACGCCUUGGGCGCUCUAGGCUCCGGCCUGUCUGUGUCCGUCGCAGCCGCGUACUCAGACAGCGGGGAUAGCAACGGCGCCCGAUCGGUCGACAACGCUACACCGCCCAUGCACUAUCUGACCCCUCACGUCGAAAUAUCUAUGGCCGACAACAACGAAACCUUUUCUCCUGGACAGUCGAACCAUCUUAAUAAUUCCGAUUCGCGUAUGAAUGGCGAAGGUGGCAGCUCACCGCAGUCGGGAGACAGCGCAGGCGCUGUUGCCAGUUCGUCACUCGCGCAGCUACCCGCCGGCAUCACGCCCUCCAUCACGCUCAUACCCAUCAAGCAGGAGCCAAACGCAGAGGAGACGGGCGGCGCUGAAUCGCAGGGUGAGGCGAACGGCGACAAGCGCGGCGUGUCGUCCAGCCUGUCGUCGCUCAUCAAGGUGUCGCCGCUCAAGAGCCUGCUGCGCGAGGACCUGCGCCGCCGCAUCAGCGCCCGAGGCCGCGCCCGCGGCUCCAACAGCUCGCGCGCGUCGCCGUCGGAGGGCGGCGUGAUCACGUCGACGCACGGCGAGGCGGCGCUGGCGCCGGCGUCGCUGAUGUGCGCGUUCUGCUCCAUCACGUUCCCCGACUCCACGCUCUACUUCCUGCACAAGGGCUGCCACUGCGACUCCAACCCCUGGAAGUGCAACAUCUGCGGCGAGCAGUGCUGCAACGUCUACGAGUUCAACUCCCACCUGCUCAGCAAAAGUCACCAAUGACUGUUUGCUGGGGGGCCGUUCCAAUAAUAUAGACUUUGUGUUUCGUGAUGCACUUGCGCGGUGUGUGCAUAGUACGAGCGCUUCGGAGCUUCACUGUCGUCUUGGAUUACGCGAUUCUGUUCUCAAACUACUGUGUCGGGCGCUGAAAGGCUUCGAACUCGCUAUGCGCCGAACGUCCCCCCGAAGAUGUCAUUUUAAAAGUGCAAAUUAUGUCGAGUUAUAUUUUAGCGGUUAUAAUUGUUAUGUUAAAAUGCGUGAAGAUAUUUAUGCGGAUAUUCUAGUACUUAAAGAAAAGGGUUUAUAAAAGGGUAAUAUUAAAUUUUAAUUGUGAAGGGUCAGAUAGAUUUGGGAUACGACCUAGUGAUUAAAUUGAAAGCUGAAAGUGGUACCACUCGGUAAUAUUACAUUCCAAAACGUGACGUAACAUUCCAUGAUGAGAGAUUCGAGUCUUUGGUGGGGAAUAUUAUUGUAGUUACUUAAAGUAUCUUCUCUGUCCAUUUUUACAAAUAUCACGAAAACGAAUGUAGUGUGUUGUUGCACCUCACAUCACAAAGAAAUCGCAACUCGCCGAUGCAAUGUCAGAAACAUUGUGAAGUUCGACAAAAAUGGAUAGCAAAAGGACACUUGUUUUAGUUGACCAUUCUACUUUUCCGUACUUAAUUGUACUACAACUAUAUCUAAUCUAAAUUUUAAAAGUAUUUUUGGUGCGAUAGUGAAUUUUACAAAUGUUUUAAAGUAUGGUGAAAAUUGUACAAAUUAAUAUAUUUUUACAUUUCACUGUUGAGAAGAGAGGGCCUAGCCUGUAUUUCCGUGAUUAUUUACUUAUUGUGAUUGUGUACAGACAGGAAUUAUAAAUUCUACAUUCCAUUUUUAUGUUACUGUUUCGUAAUAUGCAUGUAAUGCAAGUCCACGACUAAUAUUUAAUGUACAAGUUAUGUUUUGUUGUUAUUAUUUAUUUUUCUAAAAUAUGUCUUUUUGUUUAAUAGCUAUGUUUUAUUAUUUUAAAGAGUGGUGCGUUUUUAUGGUCUUAUGUACUUAUUUCAUUCUCAAUUUAUGCAAUGUUCCUUUCGUCAGUUCAGUUGUAUGAUAUUAUCGUUAGUAAAUUAUUUAAAAAAAAACUAUAUAUUGAAAGCACACUUGCUCAAUAUAGCUUAAGUGUGGGGCAACGUCGCACAAAAGCAUUAUAUUCAAAAUAUAAAUGAAUUGGAAUAGUGAACUAUAUUAUGCUUCUGAAAGUUUAAAAGCUUAAUCUUUCAAUUCGAAGGUACUUAAUUUUAUAUAAAAUCAAGGUUUAAAAAGCCCCAUUAGAUUUAAAUAGAGAAACUGACCUGUAUCAUAUAAUUGUACUAUCCGAAAGAUUUUUACAUCUUGCGUCCUGAAUGCUAAUAGCCAUCGUUUUCCAGCAAAGGGAACGCUUACUGCCAUGUCCGAUCAUCAGUAUCCGCGCUACGCUCUGCGAAUACUGCCAGGCAGUAUUUGUUUUUGCGAUCCGGAUUCGGAUCGGACGCGAUAAGCCAGCGUUCUAAAACUGAAGUGCUCAACCUAAUGGGAAACGAUAUUUGAUCUCUUUUAUUUUGAAGAGUUAAAUUUCUAUAUUUACUUUCAAUAUAUGUGUUAGUUAACAUAAAUAUUAUAUUUCAUUUGUGUGCUUAUAGUGCUUAUACAAACAUACACUGGUUUAUAAAUAAAAUUUUAAAAUAAAUGAAAUGCUAUAGGUUAAUGAAUUUAUUUUGUAAUGUAGCUGUUAAUUUUGUUUUAGUACAUGUUUCAUGUUUAACAUAAUUGGUCAGUCCGUUCCAUUUUUCUUAAAGUAACCUGAGAUUUACAUUCCUGUAGCUCCUAAGUACUUACUUUCGGUUGUGGUCUUGCCUGUUAAGUUUACGAAAUUACUUAGAUGGAACGUUUACCAACGAAGUUAUAUAUUUGUUUUGUUAUGUGGUCAUCGCGUGUAUAAAGUAGGGCCGGCGCGGGGCCGUCCGUGAGUUACCUGAAGCGAGCAACAUAUUUAUUUAUAGAUUCUUAUGCCGUUUCAUUGUUGGUUUUGCAACUUGAAUGUUUACUUUUAUUUGGUCCCGUUGCCGCGUCACUGUUAGUUAAGGUAGACUCUAAGAGCUAUUAAUAUUAUUAACCGGUCACCCCAUUGGGCGCCUUUACUUAAUCCGUCCAUAUCUAAUGAUAGAUAUUGCCUUUAAUAUUUAAUAAAAAAAUAAUAUAUUUUGUAGAUUUUAGAUGUGACUAGGGAGAGAUCUUAAUUAUAAAAUGGUUAAAUAAUUGCAGAGAUUUAAAUAUGUAGUAAUAAUUUAUUUAACAUUUAACGUUAUCUCUGCAUUGCUAAAAUGUAAGUAAUUGUGAUGUCAAUCAGUAAUGCUAAUGACAUUUAUUUACUACCGAUUAAAACUUAAUUUCGAUAUCUUAACAAAACUCGUGGUACAUCCACAUAUAAAAUGUAUUAAACCGAGCCACUCAGUUAUAUAUAGAAAAUUGCUCGACAUUUUAUUCCCUCUGUAACAAGGAGCAUCAUUGGGAGCACGCUAUGGCGCACCGACGUACCUAAUGCGCCUGCGCCAACAUUCCAGAAUAUGCUCAUUUUUGAGGAAUGAACAUUUUCCACAUAAAAGACGUGAGUGACCUGUUUCAGUAUAUUUGAUAACUAUGACAUCAUUUUAUUUCAUCCCUCACUUACAUACUUGGACAUGGUUCGAAGGAAUUAUUAUACAUACAUACAUAGGUAUUAUUACAUAAUUCGGUGCCUAUCCAGCCACGUUAUUGAAAGUAUAUUUAUUAAUUACUGUUGACCUAUUUACAUUGUUUAUGGACUCGCAGAUUUAUUAAUCGCGUUAAUUUCAUCAAGAGAGAAAAGUUUAUCGUUAAAAUUAUAUUAUAUAUACUUUAUUUUUGUGGAGUAGUUAUAUUAUAAGUACAAAAUAAGUAUUGGAAGUUGUGUUAAAAUCACAGCAAAUUGUUAAUGAUAUUUGUGAAAUACGUGGAACAGUAUUUUAAAUAAAACUUCUGGAUUAGAAAACUUUAUAAAGUUGGCAAACUGAUACAUUUUAGAAUUUCACAAAACGAAAUAAUGAUAAAGAUGUUCAUAAUGCCACGUCUAUUUUAUAUAUAUUAUAUUAUCAUUUAUAGUAAUUUACUAAGCACUCAGUCCAAGUCAACAACAAGCUUUUAGUAUAGCGACCCUCACCUUAAUACCAAAACACAGCUUACCAACAUUAUAUAUUUUUAAGUUGUUAUAUAUAUGUAAUUUAAGAUAGAUAAAUAUAAAUAAAUGAACGUGGUUAAAAGCAAUUGCUUGUAAUUUUAAACAGUUAAAAGCGUCGUUAAUAUUUUUCUGUUACAUUUAUUGUGUUGUCAAUUGAUAUGAAUAUAAUAUUUAUAUAAUAUAAAAGGGAUACUAUUUUAUGAAAAACCAGUUUCGAAUUAUGAGUGAUAGUUACUAUAUCAAGUUUUAGCAGAUUGUGCCUUAGAU